AUGUCCUUUCUCGAGCGUCAAUCCACUCGCAUCACCGGCACCGACCAUGGCCGUGGAAAUAGCGUCCUGCGUGCCACCUCGUCAGGCAAAAUACCAAAUGCGAAGAAAGCUCGAUCACGCCCUCCCACGUCCCUCCGCGAUCACCUGCCCUAUCCGAAUGCUACCCUACCGGCAUCGUCAGGGCCCUACUCCGUCGGGAGUAUGGAGAUCGAAGUGCCCGUCCAGAACCCACGCCCAAUAUCCGACAUAAAACGGCAUGGAAGACACAUACUGCAGCUAGAGACAGUACUUUUCACCCUAUACUACCCCGCGUCGUUUGGUAGCGGGUCGGGGAAGGCACCAGGGGGAGCGAAGAAAUGGACCCGCGAAACCUGGCUUCCAAGGCCGCGAGUUCAGACUGCGAAGGGAUAUGCCGAGUUCGCAGGACUGCCGCAUUGGGCUGGAAUUGCUCUCUCUGGGGGUUCCACAAUGCUCACCAAGCUUCGCGCGUAUCAGAAUAGCCCGCUCGCGACCCAUUGGCCGCCCGAGGGGACCUCAAAGAAAUGCGGAUAUAAGCUUAGAAACCAGCAGGGGCGACCACCAGAAGGCAUGAAUGAGGAGCCGACAUUCCCACUCUUGAUGUUCAGUCAUGGCUUGGGAGGCUCAAAAACUGCGUAUAGCACUCUGUGCUCUGAAUUUGCGAGUUAUGGCUUCGUCGUUUGCGCAGUGGAGCAUAGGGAUGGAAGUGGGCCUCGCACGUUUAUAAACCAUAAGAAGCGAGGGAACAACAAGAAGGAUCGUCAUGGAGGAGCCAAGGUAGAAGACGAAACCGAUUGCGAUGGGGAUCCAGAAGGCGAGAAGGCGUUCGAAAAGUGGGAGCAUAUGGAUCAUACGGAGGAGGAGAUCAGGAAAGGAUAUCACCAUCUUGACUAUAUAUUCCCCAAGAAUAACCCUAAAGACACUUCACCGAACAACGAGCGUGGUGUUGACGGCGAACUCCGCAGCGCUCAGAUCGAACUACGACUUUGCGAGCUCGAAGAAGCAUAUCGAGUGCUAAAAAUCAUCUGUGCCGGCGAUGGCGAGGAGAUUGCGCGGCAGAACCUACGCUCCGAAGGCUAUGUUGGCGGCUCUUCGAGAGGCUUGCAGGGCGUAGAUUGGGCACUAUGGAAGCACAGAUUCCAUAUCGACAAGAUGACCAUGGCAGGGCAUAGCUUUGGGGCCGCCACCGUGGUCGAGGUGCUGAGGCAUACGGAUCGCUUCACAAACGUACAGGCGGGAAUCAUAUACGACAUCUGGGGAGCUCCUAUCAAGCCUCCAGCAGACGACCCUAAACAUCGAAUACACCUACCUUUACUAGGCAUCAGCAGCGAAGCUUUCAUGUACUGGGAGAAGAACUGGGACGCCGUAAUGUCUCUUAUGAACGAGGCGAGCGAACAUGGCGCGCCAGCGUACUUACUCACCGUGCGAGGCUCCGUGCAUAUUUCACAGUCGGACUUCUCGAUUUUGUACAGACACAUUACAUCUUUCUUUAUGAAAGCCACAGUUCAUCCUCAGAGGGCGAUUGAUCUGAACGUAUCUACAAGCCUCGAGUUCCUGCGACUUGUAACACCGUUAACCGGCGGCGGCAGAGCCAUCAUAGAUCGUUGCAUGACCAACGAAGAACUUCUGGAUACCGCGCUCCUCGAAGAGAUCCCAGACGACCACCGACCGGAUGAUGAAUGGAUCGCCGCCCGGCUGAGAGUCGAUCAUGAAUUUCGAACGCGGAUGGCUGCUGGAUUGCAAAGGAAAUUUAAAAGGAACUUCAAAGGCGGGAUGGGGACGGGUUACAGCACGUCAGAUGAGAUGUGGUGUCACUAUAAGCCCACGGAUGAAGAAUUGCAGAAGUGGAUUGAAGAAGGGAGGGGAGAACAGCGCAUCGACGAGGACCAUGCGACGAAGGGCGCUGGACAUGACAAGGGUGGAAAGGAUGGGAAUGAAGACGAGUCCACUUCUGCAUCAGACUCACGAAGCGAUAUCAAAAGUGAAGUGGAAUCACAGAGUAAAGAAGACGUUAGCGAAGGGUCAGGAUCGCAAACACAGCAACCUACCUCGUCCGAGGCAGUAAAGGAUCGAUAUGACGAUGAGGAGGAGGAAAAGGAAGCCACUCAUGCAUCGCCCGCCGCAGCCGCCGAUGCGUCGGAAUCCAAUGAUGCGCCACCAGAAACAUGGCUGGGCUUGAAGACUGCGCUUAGAGAUGGGCCACAACAGUCGUGA